GGUUUUCCUUCGAUGUAAACUGUUUUUUAACCAGUCGGGGCUAUUUGUGCAGAGCAGGGAAGACGCCUGAGUUGGAUUCGUUGAUGCCAGUUGUAUGAGCUAGCAUGUAGCGGGUCUGUAGCUUUUUUGUAUUUGCAAUAUGAAGAAUGGAACAAGACGAUGUUACUAUCAGAGAGCAGAAUUUCCACAGCCAAGUUCGAGAGUACAUCAUUUGUUUCCUCCUGUUUGCAGUCCUCUACAUUGUGUCCUACUGCAUCAUAACCAGAUACAAGAGGAAGAGUGAUGACCAUGAGGAUGAAGAUGCUGUUGUCAACAGAAUAUCAUUAUACUUGUGCACCUUCACCCUGUCAGUGUCGGGUGGUGCUGUCUUCCUACUGCCUUUCUCAAUCAUUAGUAACGAGAUCCUCCUCUCCUUCCCCAAAAACUAUUACAUACAGUGGCUCAAUGGCUCCCUCAUUCACGGUCUGUGGAACCUCGUGUCACUGUUCUCCAAUCUUUGCCUCUUUGUCCUGAUGCCAUUUGCUUAUUUCUUCUUGGAGUCUGAGGGAUUUGCGGGAUCGAAAAAGGGCAUUAAAGCACGUAUUCUUGAGACCUUUGUGAUGCUCUUCCUGCUGGCUUUGCUCAUCCUGGGCAUCGUGUGGGUAGCAUCCGCGCUCAUUGACAAUGACGCAGCCAGUAUGGAGUCACUCUACGAUCUUUGGGAAUUCUACCUACCAUACCUCUACUCCUGUAUAUCUUUGAUGGGAGGACUGCUUUUACUAAUGUGCACUCCUGUGGGAUUGUCGAGGAUGUUCACCGUCAUGGGCCAGUUACUAGUGAAGCCAACAAUCCUGGAGGACCUGGAUGAGCAGAUUUACUGCAUCCAUUUGCAGGAGGAAGCCCUUCAAAGGAGAUUAAACGGAUCAUCUUCACAUACUUAUACUCGAGGGAGCUUUGCUCACCAGCUCAACAAAGAAUUGGACAAUAUUAGAAAUCAGAGAAAUAAAUUGGAGAGAAGAAAGAAAGCAUCAGGUUGGGAGAAGAACUUGUUGUAUCCCAUAGUGAUGCUGAGCCUGCUCACAGGAACGACAAUCUCAGUUCUUAUGGUGGCACUGAAUAUCCUCUAUCUUCUAGUGGAUGAGACUGCCAUGCCCAAGGGAUCCACAGACCGAGGCAUUGGAAACACCUCUCUGUCCACAUUUGGCGUGGCUCAGGCAGUGCUGGAGAUCAUCCUCAUGUUCUACUUGAUGGUGUCGUCCGUCGUUGGCUUCUACAGCCUGCGUGUCUUUCAGGGACUCACUCCCAGGAAGGAUGACACAACCAUGACAACGAUCAUUGGUUGCUGUGUGUCAAUCUUGGUCCUGAGUUCAGCCCUGCCAGUGAUGUCCAGAACUCUAGGCAUCACCAGAUUUGAUCUCUUGGGAGACUUUGGGAGAUUUAAUUGGCUAGGAAAUUUUUACAUUGUCUUUUCUUACAACAUGCUGUUUGCAGUCGUGACAACACUUUGUCUGGUGAGAAAAUUCACCUCAGCAGUACGGGAAGAGCUCCUAAAGGCCUUAGGUCUGGAUAAAUUGCAACUGUCAAACAGCCCCACGGACCCUGAAUCAGGGAAGCUCUCGGCCAACGGGCAUCAGAAAACUCUGUGAAAGGGACGACAGAUCAACACAAGCGCGCACACACAGACACACAGACACACAGACACACAGACACACACACACACACACACACACACACACACACACACACACACACACACACACACACACACACACACACACACACACACACACACAUAGCAAACACAAACACCUUAGCAUAGCCAAAAGGAGAUUUCCGCACUGUCUGACUGCUGAAAGGUGAAAGGGAUUGGAAGGAACUUAAUAAACCCAGUCAGUGUUUGACGGAUGCAGCAAAUGGAGGCUGAGAGCAAUUUAGCUUCGUGACAUUCCAUCCUCUGCAUCUCGGAUGGAAGCUGGGACAGAGCCAGGGAUGCGACUGAGGAGUGAAAUAGACUGGCAUCACUGCAGUGACCUUGAUGUUGACCUUAACUGCGACUGUGACUUUAAACCACCCAUCUCUUGCUUUGGGGCACGCCCCCCCAGCAUUGCUACUUGGUAUUCUUCUACAAUCUCGUCAAGCUGCACUAGAUAAAAGCAAGAGGGUACAGCAGGUGAAACAAUGCACUGUCUGUGUGGUAUGUUUGUGUGUAUAAAGGUAGUGUGUGUGUGUUUUCUCCCCCCCAUCACCCUGUUCAUCCUCUGUAUUCAGCAAAGUAAAUACACCCCCACAGUUCAGUUAGACUCAUGUACUAAUGUCAUCAUGUCCAUGGUAAUUGGUGUCAGUGAUACAUGGAGCACUUGCAGUUUAUGGUCUCUAAUCAUUGGUCUCUGAAAGGUAUGUGAACUAUGCACAUUUUACAAAUCAUUUUUGAUUUGUAAAAUGUGCUCUGUGAGGCAUGAAAGAAGUCAUUUAUUCACGCACAUCAUAGUUCGGUAAAACAGCACGGUGUCGUUACAGUUCACAUAUGCAUUGGUACUGUCGUUACUGAUAGGCCUCAGAUUUUAGCACUCGUGCUGUCAACCGUCUUUUUUAUUUGGCUUUACUAAAGUGCGCUUUAACUUUAUUGAUGAUGUCAUUAGUUUGUAUGAAGUAGGGUAAGACCUUUUUUGAGGUGCUCUAGAUUUGACUUGAGCUACUUUACAAAUGGGAAACUAUAUAGGGGCUUUAUCGACUUAAUAGCCAAUGAGCAGAAUGCUUUAGUGCAUUUGGAGCUGAGCCUGUAGUUGUGUUUCCUAAAAUGUUAUUAUGCACAUGAGAAAAUGUCGUCAUAUUAUUGUUCAUCCACAAAAUAUUUCAAAUUCACAGGGCACAGAAAAAUUGAUCAGAGUUGUCAUUUUUUAAAUGUAUUUACAUGUACAUAUUAAAUUGUGUUUCAUACCUCUGUUGCAUUAAUUGGAUGUAAAUAUUGGGCUCACUGAGGGUCUGACUCACUAAGCAAUCUGUAUUUUGUUGUUUUUUUGUUUUUUUAAAAUAAACACCUAAAUAUAAUGCAAACCUGUAACAAUCUUCACAUACAGAGUCCAUGUGUGAAAAAUGAGCAAGUUUGCAGAUGGCAGAAAGACUUGGUGACUCAGGCCCCAUUUACAUGUUGUUGUAUUGCUGCAUAAUCUUCUGAACUGUGAUGUUCUUUGUCUGCAGAACCACCUUAAAUGCCUUAUACGACAAGCAUCUCACAGGCUUAAUGUUAAGGUUUUCUGCUGUUCUGUGAAGUCUGUUUAUGUACAUGUAUAUAUGUGUACAUGUACAUUGUUUCUGGACAGUUCCACUGUGAUCCCCUGUACACCACCCAGUUUCAGCUAGAUACUACUUUUUUUUUGCCAUGAAUGUUGUCACAGUAACUCUCAUAGUCAGAUGCUCCAUUUUGAGACUCAUUCAUUACACACAAAACUUGAGCUCUUGUAGGAGCGAGGUUGGGCGAUCAAAUUAUGUUUUUAUGGUUUUAUAAAUGUCGUUUUUUGUGGUGACCAAUAUGACAUGAUGACGAUGACAAAAGAAAAGGUAUUAAGGAAUUUUAAUUUAUAUAUGCAUUUGAAACUUUUCUUCUCAGGACAGGGAAUGUUUUUACAAGCUGUCUACCAUUGGUUGUUGCUGUAUUACAAAGACUGGAUUUAAAGACAAAUUUGCAAUUCUCAAACAAUUCAUGCUAAAGCUAUCUUCCAAAAUGGGCAAAUCAGACCUGAGAAUGUUUUGUAAAGGGUGAUCUAUACAUAUAACAGCUCUUAGCAUCCCAAACCUAAAGCAGGACCAUGUUUCUAAUUCCAAGAGUCCCAGUUACCCAACUCUCUACUGGCAGAAACAUUUGGUAGAUUUUCUAGAACGUUGUAUGCCAUCUCAUGCUCGUACUGUGUGUCUUCAGCUAUUUUAUUGAUGUUAGGACCAUGCUGAUCACUGGAUACUUCUGAAAAAUCAAGAUGGCACAAAGUAAUUUGGUAAAGCAAAAAGGAUGAUACUGUAAAUAAGAGAAUUUUAACUCAGAUUAAUUAGUUAAAAGAAUUUUAUUAUUCGAUCUGUAUGAACUACAAUCACUAAAAUGGCUCAAUGUGGAUUUCUUUUACAACUCCCUCAUAGUUGUGCUUAUAUUUACUCAGUUGCAGAUUGUGGCGACACUGGACUCUGGGCUCUGCAAUACCUGGCCGGGAGGCAUCAAAGCCCUAAUAAAGCAUCACAAUCAUUCUCCUCGCAGUACCUUCUCUGGUGAGAGCAGACGGGUCUGUUUUUUAUUCAAGCGAGCUUUUCUGGUUGCCUUUACAGUACAUCUGUGUUGUGUGGGGGUCUCAAAAGUUCAGAGUUGGCCUGUACUGUAAGUCAAGCAGCUUUUAUUUCUGUCUGUAUGUCAAUCAGUCUCUGCAUGUAAUUUUUGGUACAUGUCUUGUGAAUGUAUUUUUUACAAUUUCUCAGUUUGCUAAAUUUACGUUCUGUUAUUUUGAUGU